AUGAGGGGGCUUCUAUGUUCGCUGCUGCCCAUGUUGCUGUUCCUUCUCCAGCCCUGGGAAACCCAGCUCCGGUUCACAGGUCCCAGGUGCCGUACUGGGCCCCUGGAUUUGGUGUUCGUGAUUGACAGCUCGCGCAGUGUGCGCCCCUUCGAGUUCCAGACGAUGCGGCAGUUCCUCGUGGGCCUCCUCCGGAGCUUGGACGUGGGGCCCAACGCCACGCGCGUCGGCGUGAUCCAGUAUUCGAGUCAAGUGCAGAGCGUCUUCCCGCUCGGAACCUUCUCACGCCGAGAGGAUAUGGAGCGCGCCAUCCGCGCUCUAGUGCCACUGGCGCAGGGCACCAUGACCGGGCUGGCAAUCCAGUACGCCAUGAACGUGGCCUUCAGUGUGGCCGAGGGCGCGCGCCCGCCGGAGGCGCGCGUGCCGCGCGUCGCUGUCAUCGUGACCGACGGGCGGCCCCAGGAUCGCGUGGCCGAAGUGGCGGCGCAGGCUCGCGCCCGCGGCAUCGAGAUCUACGCCGUGGGGGUUCAGCGCGCGGACGUGGCCUCCCUGCGCGCCAUGGCGUCUCCCCCACUGGACGAGCACGUCUUCCUCGUCGAGUCCUUCGACCGUAUCCAGGAGUUUGGCCUUCAGUUCCAGCGCCGGCUGUGUCGAAAGGACCUGUGUGCUGAGGGGGGACACGGCUGCCAGCACCAAUGUGUCAGCUCCCCCGGCACGUUCCACUGUGCCUGCAACCCCGGCUACAGGCUAGCAGCAGAUGACAAGAGCUGUUUGGCCCUCGACCGGUGCACCGAAGGGACCCAUGGCUGUGAGCAUCACUGCGUCAGCUCCCCGGGCUUCUAUUUCUGUCGCUGCCGAGCUGGCUUUGUACUCCAGCAGGACCAGAGGAGCUGCAGGGCCAUUGACCACUGCAGCUUUGGGAACCACAGCUGCCAGCAUGAGUGUGUUAGCACCUUUAGUGGGCCACGGUGCCGCUGCAGAGGGGGCUACAACUUGCUGCCCGAUGGCAGGAGCUGUCAGGCCCAGGACCUGUGCAAUGGCGUAGACCAUGGAUGCGAGUUCCAGUGCGUGAGUGAGGGCUUCUCUUACCGCUGCCUGUGCCCUGAGCGGUGGCAGCUCCAGGCAGAUGGCAAGAGCUGCAGCCGGUGCCGGGAAGGCCACGUGGACCUGGUUCUGCUCGUCGAUGGCUCCAAGAGCGUGCGUCCGCAGAACUUCGAGCUGGUGAAGCGCUUCGUGAACCAGAUCGUGGACUUCCUGGACGUGUCCCCAGAAGGCACGCGCGUGGGGCUGGUGCAGUUCUCCAGCCGCGUGCGCACCGAGUUCCCACUGGGCCGCUACGGCACGGCGGCCGAGGUGAAGCAGGCGGUCCUGGCUGUGGAGUAUAUGGAGCGCGGCACCAUGACCGGGCUUGCGCUGCGCCACAUGGUGGAGCACAGCUUUUCAGAGGCGCAGGGCGCGCGGCCCCGGGCGCUCAACGUGCCCCGCGUGGGCCUGGUCUUCACCGACGGCCGCUCCCAGGAUGACGUCUCAGUGUGGGCGGCGCGCGCCAAGGAGGAAGGCAUCGUCAUGUACGCCGUGGGCGUAGGCAAGGCGGUGGAGGAGGAGCUGCGAGAGAUCGCCUCGGAGCCAGCCGAGCUGCACGUGUCCUACUCCCCCGACUUCAGCACCAUGACGCACCUGCUGGAGAACCUCAAAGGCAGCAUCUGCCCGGGUGAGCACAUCGGUCUCGGGACCCCUCCCCUUCUCUCACUGCUCACCCUCCGAGAUCUCCCGGUGCUAUUCGUUCCCGCCCCCUUCGUUGAGUGA